CUGUAGCUCAACAUCAACAUUUAAACUUUGAUAAGCAAAUAAAAAAUGUUUAUCUCAGAAAUUUAUUAAGAUUAUCUCACAGACAUUAAAGGUUUGAGCUUCACUGAGCCGGAUUGGUCCACAGGUGAGGUCAUACCUGACGGUGCGUUCAGGGACUCUCAUCAUCUGCGUGUAUAUUAUGAGUGUUUCUGAUGAAAUUUUAAAAAAUUUAAACUGAAGAAGAGACGAUGAUUGAAGAUGUUGAUGAUGAAGAUAAAGCCGUCUGUGUCCGAAGAAGAAAAACAGAAAAUCUAUGUUGUUGUUUUUCCUUCACAUUAGACACAAAAGUCUGAUUCAGCUGAGACACAAUAAAUAAUAUUGUUUGUAUAAACCUCCGUGUUGUUGUUGUUGUUUACAGCUCUGUCACUGAAUAAAAUAAGAAGUCUGUUCGUCACUCAGUGUUUCUACGAUAUAAACUUUAUUGAUCAUCGAUCUAUUGCAGAUUAAUGAUCAGCAGCUGAUGGUGACGACAUGAAAUAAACCAGCAAAGAAAAAAAAACUUUAUUUAAAUUCAGGAGAAAACAAACCAGCAGAUUAAUCUUUACAAACUUCACCUGAUCAUUUUAUUGAUCAGAUUAUUGAUCCUCCCUGCUGUUGAUCAUCACUCGGAGGUUUUUCCCGUCAUCCCGGCAACCGGCCCGUCAUCCCGGGCCGGUUGCCAUGGUAACCCGGGCUCCCGCCGCCGGCCGCGCGCCGCAGUGAACGGAGGAAAGACGGUGAGUCACCGACCUCGAGACCAGCCCUGGACAGCGACCGGCAACCGGCGACUGGCGACUAACAGACCGACGACCGACAGACCAGAGAUAGAGGUCCGUUAGCCUGUUAGCAUGUUAGCAUCCCUCUGCUGCGAGUCCGAGGAGGCGCGCGACGACGGCGGACUGUUAAUGAGACUGACGACGGUCGACCACCGCAGUGUUGCUUCAACCUGAGACACCACAGCAACUAUAACGACUACAACAACCAGAGGAUUAAUGUUCAACCACCGCAUUGUUGCUUCAACCUGACACAUCAGAGCAACAACCAGACAGACAGCAACUACAUCAACAGCAACCAGACUGUUGCUGCAGUGUGACAGAGAUUACCGACCUCAGCAACCACAUCAGCAUGUAAGGCAGCUGCACCUCCAGCAACUAGCAAAUAAACUAUUGCUGCUUUCUGACCAUCAUGUUGCUUCAACCUGACAAUUACAUCAACCUGAGCGACAAUAUCCAGGCUGCCAGCAACUAAUCCUACAAUAAAGACAGGUGCAGCAAUUGUGCAAUACCAUGUAACAAACCAAGCAACUUAUUUUCUACCACUGCAGUGUUGCUUCAACUGACAGCAACUAGCAACUAAACUGCUGAUCUUUAAUCAACAUGUUACUUCAAUCUUAAAGUUUCAAGAAGAACAACAGCAACUAAACCUGCAGCAGCUUGAUCUAUGGCAAAACAACCUCCAGGAACCUGGGAAGAAAUUAUUGAUGUUUAAUAACAAUCAUGUUGCUUCAACCUGAUGGAGACCACAGCAACUUCACCAACAGCAACUCAACCUGCAGUUAGAUCCACAGCAACCAUCAACCUCCAGCAGCAGGUGACCGCCUCAGAUUGAAUUAAGCUCCGCCCACCAUCCUGACAGCCAAUAGGAUGAGUCAGUUGAAAGAGGAGGAGCCUGGCCGGGAGCUGGAGGGAAAGGUGCAGACCUGGGCUCAGUCUCUGGUUUACACUCUGGAGGAACUUGAGUGUAAAAUCUGUUACAACCGUUACGACACUCGGAGCCGGAAACCAAAGCUGCUGGGCUGCCUGCACCGAGUCUGUGCCAAGUGUCUGAAGAAGAUGGUCGACAUGGGAGAGUCGUCGCCCUCGGUCAUCAGCUGUCCAUUCUGUCGCCAUGAGACCCACGUCCCCGACGAAGAGGUGUGGCUGAUGGAGGACGACCGACAUAUCCUGGCUGUUCUGUCGUGUCAGGACCGAGCCCGGCGAGGAGGAGGAGGUGGAGGUGGGGGGGAGGUGGUGCUGAGUCCAACCAGCCUGACUGGAGGAGGAGGAGGUGCUGACGCCUCUCACCGCUCCUCAGACUGUCUGGUCAUCACCAUCAUGGAGCUGCCGGAGGAGUCUCCUUCCUCAGACUCCCUGAGCAUGUUUAACGUGGUGGGGCUGUACCGCCCCCCCAGCCUGGACUCGCUGCCCUGCAACCUGCCAGCUCAGAAGUGUCACAGCUGGACGUCCCGCGGUUUCCCCCGCUGCCUGCUGGGGGCGCUGUGUCUGGUGUACUUCAGCUCGCUGCCUCUGGGGAUUUACCUGCUGAUGAUUGGUCAGCUGUGGCUGGGCGUGGUCCUGGUCAGUCUGGUUCCAUCCACGCUGCUGCUGCUCGUCCUGUACGGCUUCUGUCAGUGUCUGUGCCAUGAGCUGAUGGAAGCGCUUGCCACGCGCUCACACACGCUGCCAUGACGACGACACACUGCUAAUGACAACAACACGUUGCCAUGACAAAAUCAAAUACCCUGCCUCAGUAACAAUAACAACACAGCAACACUGUCACCAUAACAACAACACUAAAACAACAGCAUGAAUGAUAAAGAACAGUCACACCAUGAUUCACAACAACCAACAAACAACCAGAGCAACAGUGGAACCAGAGGAACUCAUCAUCAACAGAACCAGACUUCAGAGGAACCUCAGCAGCAGGAGAACUGACAGAAUCUCUCUGGAACCAGAACUGAAUAAAUCCAGAAGUCACCUGUAGACCCGCCCAUCAGACUCUGCCCUCUGUUACAGCCAAUCGGAGAAGGCCCGCGAUGAUGUCAUCACAUAGAGGAGGAAGAGUCUGUGAUGUUUUACUGUGAAGGUUUUUUCUCUGUCACCUCCUGCUGGACGAGCUGAGAACAAACAGCUGAUCACAAUUAUUGAUCAUCUGUCAGACUGAACCGCUGCACUGUGCAGACUGACAGACUCCAAUAAUCAAUACUAAUGAAUCAUGUUGGAAACAAACAUGUUACUGUUUAAUAUGUCUGAAAUCAACACUCACUGUUUAGUAAACCCUCCUGUUCUCUGUACCAAGUCCGGCCCAGAUCCAGAUCCAGGACUGAUAGCCUGGAAGCAGUGGGAAACAGUUAGCCUAGCAUCAGAGGAGGAAUAAAAAUCUGUGGAAGGUGAUGGAAGGCUUUAAGAGGAACAGCUUCCAGUCUUAGUGCUAAGCUAGGCUAACAGUUUCCCACAGUUUCCAGUCUUUGUGCUAAGCUAGGCUAUCAGUCCUGGAUUAGAAUCUUUGUGUUCCUUUAAGGUUUCUGUCUUUGUAAAGUGCCAUCGUUUGAUUUGAUGUUUGAUUAACGAAUUCUGUGAUGAUGAUGAUGAUCAGGUGACAUCAAAGGACACCCACUGAUGGUUAGCUAACCUGUUGUAUCACUUCCUGUCUGUGGUGGGCGGAGCUUGUGUUUAGUUUCAGUGAUGAAACUUUCUAAAAUAAAAUAAACUACAGACACUGA